CCCUGUAGCAGCACCCGCUGUCACAUGCGGCAAACCUAAACGUCAAGUAUACCCAUGUGUGUUUACAACGGAUACAAUAAAUAGAUUGCAUGCUGUUUGAAUUCGUUCAAAAUUUCUGGCAAAAUAUAGGUGUAAUAGUUAAAUCUAAUCCUCAUAUCAACCUACAGUAUACAGAAAUCGACUAAAUGCCGAAAUCGAAGCGAGAUAAGAAAGUUUCGUUGACCAAAACGGAACGGAAGGGCCUUUCCAACAAGCAGCAGAUCAUCGAAGACAUCCAGGAGUGCCGGCAGAAGUAUGCGAACAUUUUCCUCUUUUCGGUACAGAACAUGCGAAACACCAAGCUUAAAGACAUUCGGACAGCGUGGAAGAAUUCGCGCUUUUUCUUCGGUAAAAACCGGGUUAUGCAGCUGGGCUUAAACUUUGUCAGUGAAGAUGGUGAUGAUGAUCCGAAGCUUGGAAAGGACCUGGAGCAGCUGCGGGAGCAUAUGGUUGGCCAGUGUGGCCUGCUGUUCACCUCGGAAACGAAGGAAACCGUACUGGAGUGGUUUGAUUCGUAUUCGGCAGAUGAGUUUGCUCGCAGUGGGUUCCGGGCCUCAAAGACGGUGCGCUUGAAGGAGGGUCCUUUGGAGGAGUUUUCACACGCUAUCGAGCCUCAUCUUCGUUCCCUGGGUUUGCCGACAAAACUGGAACGGGGUAUCGUGACGCUGUAUAAAGAUUUCACAGUUUGUGAAAAAGGCAAAGUACUCACUCCGGAGCAGGCUAGGAUUCUCAAGUUGCUGGGAAAGCCUUUGGCCAAAUUCAAGGUUGUCAUCAAUUGCUGUUACACCAAGGAGAAUGGUUUCGAGGAGAUCAACAAGCGGGAUAUAGAGGUGACGAAAAAGACGAAAAAAGUGCUGGAUAAGAAGUCAGCCAAAAAGCAGACGACACAGGCGGAGGAGGAUGAUGAGGAUAUGAGUGAGGACGAUGACAAUGAUGACGAAGGAAUGGAACUCGAUGAGGAUGACGACGACGACGACGAAAGUAAUGAGGAUGAUGAAUAGUUAUGUAAGGUUAGUGUUACUGUUUCUUGAAGAUAAAGUUAUUUUCUGUACAUUUCGUAUC